ACGGCUUUCUCAGCGCCGCCAGGCGCCAGCCUUCAAUAAAAAGGAUCCACCGGACCCGGACCCGGCCCACGGAGAAAACCAAGAAAACAAAGAUCUUCGUUUGGUUUCUCGCCUCCGCUUCGUUCUCACGCAGGUCGACGCUCUCGACUUCCUACCGGGUCUCGCCCCCCACACAAGCAGCAGGAGAGAAGAUGCAGAUCUUCGUGAAGACCCUGACGGGGAAGACCAUCACCCUCGAGGUCGAGAGCAGCGACACCAUCGACAACGUCAAGGCCAAAAUCCAGGACAAGGAAGGGAUUCCUCCGGAUCAACAGCGGCUGAUAUUUGCUGGCAAGCAGUUGGAAGAUGGACGCACUCUUGCUGACUACAACAUCCAAAAGGAAUCAACUCUUCACUUGGUCCUCAGGCUCAGGGGUGGUACUAUGAUCAAGGUUAAGACUCUCACAGGAAAGGAGAUCGAAAUUGACAUUGAGCCCACUGACACGAUCGACAGGAUCAAAGAGCGUGUUGAGGAGAAGGAAGGCAUUCCUCCCGUGCAGCAAAGGCUCAUUUAUGCUGGCAAGCAGCUUGCAGAUGACAAGACUGCGAAGGACUACAACAUCGAAGGUGGAUCUGUCCUCCAUCUUGUCCUUGCUCUCAGGGGUGGGUACUAGUAAUAAAGCCAUUUCGCUUUAAUUGGCACUACUUGGUUCGAUCUGUUCUGAUGUUCGAGAGAAGUGACUAUGGCAUGAAACUUGUAAAGAGAUAAUGACAAACUAGCUUUGCCUAGUGGGAGGGGAUGUCUUCCAUGUUAUUAUCUUACAUGAUUCGGCAAAAUGACUCGAGUUUUAUCCACAUCUACUUUUAGCUCUGCUCUGCUGUGCAGUAAAGCUCUAUUGUUAUCGCCUGAA